AUGCCUCAGGCUCGAGUUGGCAUCAUUGGCCUGGGCCAGGGUGGGAAGGCCUUGGCGGUUCACCUUGCCUCGCGUGGACACAAGCCUUUGAUCUACUGCUGUCCAGGUCAUCGGAUUGAGUACGAAUAUGUCAAAAACAACGGCAGCGUGCUCAAAGCCUCUCACGCCACGGAGGGUACCUUCAAGGUUCAGCUUGUCGAUGACCUCGCCGAGUUUGUUGUCAACACGGACUACAUCAUUAUUGUCACAUUGUCAACGGCGCACCGAGAAAUCCUUUGUGCACUGCAGAAGCACGACCUUCGCAAGACGACCAUCGUGGCGCUUCCUGGCGGAGGCAGCUUUGCAGCGAAGGCCAGGCAAGUGGGCUUGAGAGCACGCAACAUCUUGGAAUCAUGUACCUUGCCGUACGCAAGUCGAAGUCCAGGCCCGGGCGAGGUCGCGGUCCUCUACGUGAAGGAGACAUUUCCACUUGCCUCAGUCAAGGUAAUGCAGGAGCACGACCGUCUCGUCCUAUCCCAUAUCUUUGAUGACCGUGUGGAGUGGCGGAAUUCCAUCCUCAACAUCUGGCUCAACUGCACGAACCCCGUUGUGCAUUGUCCACCAAUGGUUUUCAAUGCCGGACGCGUUGAGAGCGGCAACCCAUUCCACUUGUACGGUGAAGGGAUCACUCCCAGCGUGGCGAGGGCGACCAUGGCGCUGGACGCAGAGAGGAUGGCUAUCGCCGCAAGCAAUGGUGAGAAGACACCGUCUGUGCUGGAAUGGACCAACAUCUGGUACAAUUCGGACUAUCCAGACUGGGUGUCGUUUGCUCAGGGGUCCGCGCCGCACAACAAGCACGGACUGGCUCCGACCAGACUGAAGGGUCAGCGAUUUCUGGAUGAGGAUAUGAAGGAGACAAUGGUCUUGUGGUAUUGUCUUGGGAGACUACGUGGUCUUGAGCUACCAGUCAUGCGAUCAAUGAUCACGUUGACCUCUUCGAUGGUGGAUGAGGAUUAUCUCACCACAGGCACGACACUUCAGUCGCUUGGACUAGGUGGAAUGACCGCAGAUGAUAUAUUGGACAUGUUUGGUGCACCCAAGCCACAGGACGUCAUAACCUACGAGACGAGGCCUGUCAAGACGCUGUAUCCGUCCAGCCCAAGCCGCUCCUCCUUCCCGCCAGAUUUGAGGCAUUUGACUGGAGAGCCUGGAUUGUUGAGCCUGAUAGGGAAACAGACUUAUAUCUUUUGA